AUGCUCAGAUCAUUUGGAUUAGCCAGAAACUUCAGUACCUCAUCAAGGGUCCUCGUAAAUUACGGGUUUGUGGGAUUAGGGCAAAUGGGCCAGCAUAUGGCUAGACAUAUUUAUGAGAAAUUAGAGCCAGUGGAUAAGCUCUUUGUUUAUGAUACUGUUGGUGCUGCUUCAGACACCUUUGUGAGAACGAACAAGGAUGCAUUUCCAGACCAUGCGCAUCAGUUGUUUAAGGUCGACCAGCUCACUGAUUUGGUCAGCACAGUUGAAGAGCCCUUGGAUUACGUCGUUACCAUGGUACCGGAAGGUAGUCAUGUCUCAGGAGUUGUCAGUGCACUUGUAGAAGCGUAUAAGCAAGUGACACCCUCUAAAAACUUCCACCCCACAGUGUUCCUUGACUCUUCCACCAUCGACAUUCAGACUUCAAGAGAAAUACAUGAGUAUGUCAAGCAACAAGUUCCUGAAUUUGAUUUCAUAGAUACUCCGGUUUCGGGAGGAGUUGCAGGCGCCAGAAAGGGGACUCUCCUGUUUAUGCUUUCUAGAGGAUCCAUGGACGAUAUCUCUCCUAAAUUAUUAACUCUAUUAAAAAAAAUGGGUGCAAACAUUUUCCCUUGUGGAGCCUCCCAUGGAACUGGCUUAGCUGCAAAGCUUUCAAACAAUUAUUUAUUAGCUGUCACUAACUUAGCUGUGGCAGAUUCUUUCCAGUUAGCUAAAUCAUUUGGUUUAGAUCUUAAAGCAUACGCCAAGUUAGUUUCAGUCUCCACUGGAAAAUGCUGGGCUGCCGUCGACAAUUGCCCCAUCCCAGGUGCUUAUCCACUGGAGAAACAAUUGCCAGCUGACAUUGGCUACGAAGGAGGGUUUACCACGAAACUUACUAGAAAAGAUUUGGUUUUGGCAACGUCCUGCGCUGAAAAAAACAACAGACCAUUGUUUUUAGGAGAUGUUGGUCGCUUUUGGUACAACAAAGCUUGUGAAAGUGAGAAACUAGCAAAUCGUGAUUUAGGAGUAUUUUACGAAUGGUUGGAAGAUAUCGACACCAAGAAGUCCGAUGAAAAGGUGGGUGUUACCGAGAAGGCUACGGUUAAAGCAUGA